AUCGGGAAAUUUCUCGCAAAAGAAGACCUCGUGGUGUGCGGCAUCGCCGUCGCCGAAGCCGUCUUUCUGCAUCUCGACGAAGACAGUCCCGAGAUCGAAACAACCGUCAACGAAGGCGAUGAAGUCGAAGCGGGAACCGUCUUUGCAACGCUCAAAGGUUUUGCCGACGUGCUUCUAACGGGCGAACGCGUUGCGCUCAAUCUAUUGCAAAGAAUGUCGGGCGUGGCAACCCUGACACGCGCUUAUGUGAAAGCCGUCGAAGGCACGAACGCGCAGAUCGUGGACACGCGUAAG